AUGAAGAACUCUAACCUCGGAGGCAAAAACCAACCGAGCACCCCCUUUUCCGUAACAACACAGACCAUCUGGUUCUCCACCCGGCGGCCUCUCCCGCCACCGGCGCACCUCGUUCCUCACCCUGCGGUGAAGAUAUUCACAAGUAAGACUUUGUAUUUUCAGACUCAGAUAAUUUCUGAAAGCGAACCAAGGCAGCAACAGAUUUCAAAGCAGUACCGAAUCAAGAUAACUGGAACCACUUACUGUACCAAACAUACUAAGCGACGCAACAGAAUGUCUAAUGGGGCUUUGAGAUAUGAGGAUAGUCCUUGUGGAAUAGGGCUGACCAGCAUUAUCGAUCUUGACCAGAUAUCGGAUUUCAGUCAAGAAGCCAAAUCCAUAGCGUACUUGCAAAGGAAACUGAACGUAACUACAAGAGAACCCUUUGAAAGAGACACGCCGGCUCACAACUUCGCCAUCUCCUAUACGGGCAGCACGCACAAGUUUACAGAGUACGGCCCCGCUAGAGAGCUUCUGUACCUACUAACUGGAUGGAUUUCGCAUGGCUUAGACCCGUACUUGAAGUACCCGGUACUUGGUAUGGGUGGAAAAGAGUCUACGAGCGAUUAUGAUCGCAUGUGGAUCAUUUCAGAACAUUCAGCGGCCAGAUUGGGAGCUGGGAUCUUCUAUAGUGAGGGGUUCUGGGAAGCAGGCUUUGAGCAAGGUUCCGGAGACAGGACUUGGAAUUGCAGAAAAGGAAAAGAUCUCGCUCGCGAAAUAUUGGAAAAACAGGAAAACGGUGAGCUUUCUUUUGGUUUGACCGACAGUGACCAUGAAAAGAAUGCCUUCAUUGACCUGAUGAGCAGAUACAAAUCAUGA